CGCCGGGCCGAGGCAGAGGCUGCGGGGCCGGCGGGGCGCUCGCAGUGUGCGCCCGCCGCCGCCGGGCAUGGAGGGCGCCGAGGCGGCAGCCCGCAGCCCCAGCGCCAGCGCCGUGCAGCCCCGCUGCUCCUCCCGCGGCUCCGGGCCGGCCGGCGGCGAGGCAGCGGCGGCCGCGGCCAUGGAGGAGCCGCUCGGGGAGGCUCCGUCCCCGGAGGUAGCGGCGGCGAGGAAGCAGCAGGGGGUGAAGCGGCAUCACCACAAGCACAACCUGAAGCAUCGCUACGAGCUGCAGGAGACCUUGGGCAAAGGCACCUAUGGCAAAGUCAAGCGGGCCAUCGAGAGGUUUUCUGGCAGAGUGGUUGCAAUAAAAUCCAUUCGUAAGGACAAAAUUAAGGAUGAACAAGAUAUGGUUCACAUCAGACGGGAGAUUGAGAUCAUGUCAUCCCUCAGCCACCCUCAUAUCAUCACCAUAUAUGAAGUGUUUGAAAAUAAAGAUAAGAUUGUGAUCAUCAUGGAGUAUGCGAGUAAAGGAGAGCUGUAUGAUUACAUCAGUGAGAGGCGGCGACUGAGCGAAAGGGAGACCAGACACUUCUUUCGACAAAUAGUCUCUGCCGUGCAUUACUGCCACAAGAAUGGUGUUGUCCACAGGGACCUAAAAUUGGAAAACAUCCUUCUUGAUGACAAUUUUAAUAUUAAGAUUGCUGAUUUUGGACUCUCCAACCUUUAUCACAAGGACAAGUUUCUGCAGACCUUUUGUGGAAGCCCACUGUAUGCUUCCCCUGAAAUAGUUAAUGGACGACCUUACAGAGGCCCAGAGGUUGACAGCUGGGCACUUGGUGUGUUGCUUUACACUCUGGUUUAUGGAACAAUGCCCUUUGAUGGCUUUGAUCACAAGAAUCUCAUCAGGCAGAUCAGCAGUGGAGAAUAUCGAGAGCCAACACAGACCUCAGAUGCUCGUGGGCUUAUCAGAUGGAUGCUGAUGGUGAACCCUGAACGCCGAGCAACCAUUGAAGACAUUGCCAACCACUGGUGGGUUAACUGGGGCUACAAGAGUAGUGUUUGUGACUGUGAUGCCAUGAGGGACUCUGAGUCCCCAUUGCUGGCAAGGUUUAUUGAUUGGCAUCACCGAUCUACUGGCCUCCAACCAGAGACCGAUACCAAAGUGAAGUGCCUUUCUAAGCCCAAAGGUCCUGAAGUUACACUAGAGAGACAAAGAUCUCUGAAAAAGUCAAAAAAGGAAAAUGAUAUUGCACAGUCCAUCCAGGAGGGAGGAGCUGAGAAUGCAUCCAAGCCCACCUCCAAGAGACCCAAAGGCAUCCUGAAGAAAAGGAGCAACAGUGAACAUCGAUCUCACAGUGCAGGUUUCAUUGAAGGAGUGGUCAGCCCAGUUUUACCCUCUGCAUUUAAGCUGGAGCAAGAGUUGUGUCGGACUGGAGUAGCCAUCAAAAGUGUUGCGGAGGCAGAGGCAGCGGGCAAAUACAGCACUAAGCAGUCUUCACUAAUGCCAAAAAAAGGAAUCUUGAAGAAGACUCAGCAAAGGGAGUCCGGCUAUUACUCCUCUCCAGAACGAAGCGAAUCUUCUGAACUCUUGGACAAUAAUGAUGAGACAGUAAACAGUGACAUUUCUCUGGGGGUCACAGAGCCAUCCAGAAAUGGGUCUUACGCCCAUUCCUGCAGGCGUAAGGGCAUCUUGAAGCAUAACAGCAAAUAUUCUACCAGCAGCACUGAAUCCACUUUGAUUAGCCCCGACACACCAACGCUGGAGGCCAUGGAAGAAGUGGUCCUGCCUGGAGAUGCAUUACCUCGAAGUUACAGUCGCCCUUCCAGCGUCAUUAGUGAUGACAGUAUUUUGUCCAGUGACUCCUUUGAUUUACUGGAUUUGCAAGAGAACAGGCCAAACAGACAGAGGAUACGGAGCUGUGUCUCUGCUGAAAACUUCCUCCAGAUCCAAGACUUCGAAGGACUUCAGAACCGCUCACGGCCACAAUAUCUAAAGCGUUAUCGCAACCGCCUAGGGGACAGCAGUUUUUCCCUGCUUACAGACAUGGAUGAUGUGACUCAGGUCUACAAGAAAGCCCUAGAGAUCUGCAACAAGCUCAACUAGCAGAGGGAAGAGGGAAAGGGAGGGAAGGGAGUUUUUCUGUGUACCUUUAUGAUGGAGUAAGCCAGGUCACUGAUUUGCUGACAGUUGUAGGUUUGCUUCAGAGGAGUUGACUGUACCUACCUAGCUGAAUUCCUCAUAAAGAAGCCCCAAAGCAACCUCACACUUCUCUAAUUUUGUGUCCUCAAAAUAUUACCUAUCUGUCCAGAGAAAAAUCUUUGGUCUUCGUAUACGUGAUGAAAGCAUGUCAGGAUCUAGCUGACAAAGGCAUCAAGACUUGGUGGCUUGAAGUCAAAGCUAGACAGAAUUAAAACUGGAAGUGAGUGACACACAUUUUGAGAGGUUUGACAGCUUUGAUAAAGAUUAGCUUUACCAAGAGAUGAGCUGAACUCUUCAAGUAAGAUUUGGAUGUCUUUUAGAAAGAGAGCCUUUAUUUCCUGCUGAAGUUGUUCAUCUGGGCACAGUCAUUGCACAUUGGGAAUCUUUGGCUUACAUUAUGCAGGAGGCCAAGCUUGUUGGUUACUGUGGAUCCUUCCAGCAGGGUGACCUGAGAGGUUCUGAACACAUUCUGGGACAGGUAAUGUGAGACUCAUCCCAGAAUAAUCUCACAAGGUGUAUGUGGACAAGCAGUGGAGCAGGCAUUGCUGUUCAGUAAGCAGGAGAGCCUGAAGUUGUUUCCAGCUACCCUUCUAGCAACAAAAACAGAGUCACAGAAAUUAUAAUGGGAACUGGAAGGAAUGGAUGUUAUCAGCAGCUAAAUGACCUUUUAAGGCAUUUCAAACUGGUUGUUCAACUUGUGACUCUCUCAAAAUGGCCAGUCAGAUGAAUGCCCAGACAAAGAUGGAACUAACAAAGGUUCUCAAGGAUUAACUGACCCUCAAAUCUAGAGUUCAGUUGAUGUCAGCAAAUGGUACUACCUUGCUGUUAGCUUGUAGUAUUUGAGGGUGACAGGUAGUUUGUGACCAGAAUGUUAGGUAAGAGAAAGGUUGUAGCAUGUAGGAAAGGGAUAGAGGUCAGAAAGUUAGUGGGAAGAUGCCUUUCUCCAAAUGAAAAUGUUUCUAGGUAGGUAGUAAUGGAGCAGAAAGAAUUGAGCGAUGAAGUGAUAGUGGUAGAUUUGAUAACAGGGUUAGCAUAAAAAUGCAGGCCUCUCUAUAUAUAAUGUAGCUGGUACUGCAUGUGCAGUGAUACCAGUUUGAAAAAACCCAGGAAGGAGAUGUGUUUGUGUUCUCAAACAUACCUAAAUAUCCAGACUGACGGCUUCAACUCCCAUAAAGGUACCACAUGGGUCUACUGGAUUACCUGAAUGUAAGCCUAAGUCAGAAAGGCACUGUGUGUUUGACAGGCCUGGGCAAACUGGAAUCUUCAGGCCCAUUUCAGUCUCAUUUCCAUGAGCACAUACCCCCUGGCUUCCUUGGAGGUGCACUGGUGCGAAUAAGGGGCAAGUUUCAGCCGAUGAUGUUAAAUGAUCCACAGCUGCAAAACUUACAUCUAUCUACACACACACCCAGAGCAGAAGAGCAUGGGGCAAGCUCUGUUUUCACUUCUACCCUAUAACUGAAAAUGAAAGAAGAAUUUGGCUCACUGUGUCCCAAAUCCUAGAGAUCGUGCAGAAAUGGAAUAGAAUUCCUCUGGGGAUUCCCUGGGGACUGGGGAUAACUCCAUAAAUCAUUGGCAUCUGGGGCAAGGAGCUCUUUCACUUGCAGGUUUGUCAUUUGGUUUCUCAUGGUAUUUAAAUCUGCUGGUUCCUCCUAAAAACCAACUGGGCUUCCCAGCAUAAAGGUGAAUGAGCUUGAAUUUGCUAAAUCAGUUAAUCUGCCUCUGUCUAUGGAGAUCCUUUACUUAUUGUGAAACACUGGACCAAAUUUGGCCCUGGAGUGAACAGCAUCAGUACCAUGAAAUCUGUGAGAGAUGUGUGCUCUCAAGCAGUCAAGUGAAAUUUAUCUCACUGUCCCAUUUGCUCAGGAAGGACAACUGCAGGUCAUUUCUCUACAGAUAUGUACCUCUCUGUAUGAUACUCAGCGUCCCAUCUUCUCAGAGGCCCUGCAUGUGCUGUUUUAGUCCAUCCCAAAUCAACACCCCAUUUUGCAGUGUACUGAGUUAACAAGUUUGCUGUGGUGCAUUUCAAAACAACUCAAUAUAGUCCUCAUGGUCUUGUUGAAACAAGGAUGUUCUUUGUGGCCAUGGCUUUUAACUCAUGCCCUGGAGCAUAAGAGCCAGAUCCUCAGCUGGUGUAAAUCAGCGCUGUCCUGCUGACAUGAUGGAAUAUCCCUUCGGUGGGGCUAUGCUGACUGACACCUUCCCUGCAGAUCUGGCACUAAACCUUGGAUGGAUUUAUAGAGGUUUCAGGAUGAAGGCAAGGUAACUCAGCUGGCUGUGGCAGGGAAGUGAGGAGCACCCCUAAGGCUUGUAUCUCAUGAGGCUUUGGCCCAGGCCUGCUUCCUUGUGUACAAAUGUGAAUGAGUGAGUGACUGCUUGCUGCCAAACUGGAAAUGUUUUGUAGGGAUUUACUGGCAUGUUACUGGCAUGUUACAUGUUUACUGGCAUGUUAUCAUUCCUAGAAGAGAAGAAAAAAAAACAAACUUGACUGCACAUUGUUAUUAUUAGUGUUGUGAUUUUUAUUUAAUUUUUUUUGUAAUACAAAGUUGACUUUUUUAUUUGAAUUUGUCUUUCUUUUUAUUUAUUGGUCUGAAAGCCAUUUCAAAGGUAUAAUAAUAUAUUUGGUGUAAUUUAAUUGGUGCAACAUUAUUUUACAGCUCCGGCCAAAAUUGUUUGGUGUUAUUUUUCAGUUUUUUGUUUUUUCUCCCAAUCCUUGGUUGGUUUGAGCUCUACGAGGCACACAGGGGAAAACGCUGGAUAAUCACCCAAAGUGUUUGUAUUUUUAAUCUGAUACUGUUUUUUAUUAAAUAAAAUAAAAUUAAUGUCAUUGUGAA